GCAGGCAUCAUAAGCAGUGCUGAGGGAGCCAAGGAGGAAAACAGUGUCAGCAGCAGCAGCGGGAGACAGGGAGACGGAGAGGGCUGAAGUUGGAUUGCGCUUCCUUUUGUCACCGCUUCCCAUGACUUACUCACCCAGUGAAACCUGUAAAACCACACUGUGUGUUUUAAUUUUACGUCUGCUAAGUUAAAACUUGGGUAUCGUCUGCAGAAGAUCCACAGCGCUCCGAGUCAAGAUGAUGGAGGAGUCGGUGAGCGCCUUUGAGACGCAUCUGACGGCCGUCAUGGACAGCCUGAUCCGCGCGUCGGUGUGUGAGAUCAGCAAGCUCUUCCAGGAGACCGUGAACAACUACCUGGUGGAGCUGUCCCUCAACAGGAAGGAGAACGAGRCUCUCAAGCUGCGGCUCAAGCUCACCGAGAGCAAGCUGAGGACGGAGCGCAAGUACGGGAUGGGCUGGGCGGCCAGCCGCCGCAACGCCGGCCUGAAUGCAGGCGAGGAGGUCGUAGGGCGGCAGAAGCGGAAAGUUGACGUUGCCCGAGGCAAGCUGAAAAAGGUCCCAGCAACGGUCCACGGCAAAGGAUGGCCUGGAGGUGUGUGGGAGGAAGGAGGAGGAGGAGGUGGUGACGGGGGAGGAGCAGCUGGAGGGGCUUUAGGCUUAGUAACGGGAGCAGGAGGAAGAGGGGGGAAGGAGGCCARGGAGGCGUACCUCGUCCAGUUCCCCCGGGAUGAGGAAGACGAGGGAGAGAUGGAGGAUGACGAGGACGGGGAGGGCAGCCUCAGCGGCGAGGGGGAGGAGAACGCCAACAUCAAAGAGGAGUUUUCUCAAACGGAGGGCUAUCAGCCUGCGUCUCUGAGGCUCAUAAAGGAGGCGUUGAAGAUGAAUCCGCCCAACCAGAACCUCCUCACUGGCUCCAAACCCCAGAGUGAAGGCCUUUCAGAUUGCCCCUCAGCUAUUCAUCAGAAAGUAGAGGAAGAGGAGGACUGGGCCCUGAAACGCUCCGAACCGGCAGACGGGGGCAUGACGAUGGACGAGCUUCGAGGCCUGGAGUCUGCGCUGAGAGCUGAGAGAGGCCGCGAGCAGGCGUCCAGGACGGCGUCACAGCAUGACGCAGAGGUGGUGCAAGGGAGCGAGAGGAGCGUGGCGCCGAAGUACAUCGGACUGGACGGGCUGGAGCAGGAGGGUGAGCUGGAUCCUYCGCCACCUGCUYUGCAGAGGGAGGAAGCCGGAGUGAAGGACCCUGCGAGGGCUGGUGGCGUUGACGGAGCGGACCUGAAGCUAGGCUGGUCGAAGAAGCUGAGAGAAGUCGACUGUGCCGCUUACAACUGA